GAAUUUCUUUUGUGUUUCAUAUCUCCGUUCCUUCUAGUCAUUUAUCGAUUUCAAGACCUCUUUUUCUCUCAUUUCGACGAAUAUCGCGACCAGAACAGAUCUCCCGCUGGCAGGGAUCAAACGACGCACAAGACCCACGAGGCUCAAUCUUCACCUUUGCACGGAAACCGAGUCAUUGGAAUCCAACGACGAUAUGCCUAUCCCAGAUUAUGGCGCCGCUCCUCUCGCCAAGACUUUCGUUCUGGUGCGCGGUCUUUCACUUGUGUCAAUGAUUGCCAUCGUAGGCAUGACAGCAAAUUUCGUGUCCCAGAUCGUCAGCACGAAAGUCGAGCCUCCUCGAGAGAUCGUUGGAACACUUACGAUUACCUGCAUGGCAGCCCUCUACUGCCUCAUCUCCAUCCCGUUCUUCUACGCUCAAGCCAACCUCGGUCUCCUCAUCAUGACGGGAAUAGACUUCUUGCUCCUCCUGGCCUUCAUCAUAGUCUCCGUCGUUCUCGGCAAGCCACUCUCAUUCUUGAACUGCAUGAUCAUCGAGAACAAGAACGCAGCAGCAAAUGCUCAGUCAGCAGCGGCUUUCACGCAAGCGCUUGCAAGCAACCUUGGCAAAGCUGGUUCGACUCUGGGACUUGGCAAUUGGGCUGGAAGUACCAGGACGAAUUGCUUGGAGACAAAGGCGAUAUGGGGGUUGUGCAUCUCUUUGGCAAUUUUGUUCUCGUGCUCCACGAUCAUUUUGCCUACGCUUUGGAUGAAGAUGAGGAAGAUGGGUGGUGGAGGAAAGUCUGAUGUAUGAAUAUGACUUCGGAUGGAAUCGAUCGCAGGGCUCUAGAGCUCAUCACGUUGUGUAGAGGACGAGAAUAAUGCAUCGCGAGUUGGCGUUGGGGUUUUGGAUGCCUGGCAGUGCCGGCGAAGUAAUGUCUUUUUCGGGAAUUAGAGCAUACUAUUAGACAGAGUGGACAAUGGGCAUGAAGCAUUGUCACCACAAGAAGUCCAUCAUCCGCUUGAACCGGCAGUGAAGUCCGCUGAAGUCGAAGUUGCAUAAUAUCCAUAUACAAAAAUGUUGAGCCACAUC